UGUUGAGAUUGUUGAGGAGCGAUUAAUUAGUUGGAUCAAUAUUCGAAAUGGGUGGGGGAGCUGCUGGCGCGAGCAACAAGCCGCUGGGGCUCGAAGUGACCCCGACGUGGGCAGUGGCCGCCAUCUGCGGCGUCAUGAUCGGCAUCUCACUUACGCUUGACGCCGGCCUGCACCACGCCACCAAGUGGCUGCGAAAGAGGAGGAGCCUGGCGCUGUUCGACGCCCUGGACACGAUGAAGUCUGAGCUCAUUGCGCUUGGCUUCGUGUCUCUGCUGCUCACCUUCCUGGGCUUCUUCAUGCCCUUCGUCUGCGUCCCACUCGGAGCAGCCAGCACCAUGCUGCCCUGCGAGUGCACGGAGCAACUUGCUAAGCACCCCCCACCGCUCAACAGUUGCCGGCAAGGCAUGGUCCCUCUUGUGCCACCUGAGGCACUGCACCAGCUGCACCUCUUCCUCUUCUACUUGGCACUUCUCCACGUCGCAUUCAAACUCCUCACAUUAUAUCUGGCUAGAGCAAAGAUUUCUAAAUGGAAGGAGUGGGAAAAGGAAGCCCGCUCCGCUUCAAAUGACCUAUUGCACCAACCCUCCAAUCUCAGGCUUUCUCAUCAAACAACGUUUGUGAUGCGGCUCACGAAAAAUUGGAGCAAAAGCACCGUACUUCUCUACAUUGUGAGCUUCUUUAGGCAGUUUUUCAACUCUGUUGAGAUGACAGACUAUGUCCAACUACGGCAUGGAUUCAUGACUGCUCACUUAUCACCGGGAACUAAUUUUGAUUUUGGAGCAAAAAUUCAGAAAUCACUUAGUGCUGAUCUCAAAGCAAUUUCAAGUUGUAGCAGUUCGCCGUUAUGGGCCUCCGCCCUGGUUAUGCUACUGAUUAAUGUUCGUGGAUGGGAUGGAAUGUUCUGGCUAUCUAUACUUCGUGUAGUGGUCAUCUUUUUGGUCGGUACAGAGUUACAGACUAUCAUAACAGCAAGGAUAGACAUGGACAAGCUAAGCGAUGAACAUUUCUGGUUCAGAAAGCCUCGUCUGCUUCUUCAUCUCAUUAUCCUGGCGUCAUUCCAGAAUGCGUUCCAGAUCAGUCAUUUCCUUUGGAUUUCGGUCUACUUCGGAUUGAUGUCCUGCUUCCAUCAAGGACACCUUGGCAAAGUUGUCGCUGGAGUGUGCCUGAGCGGUCUACUGCAAUUUAUUUGCAGCUACAUCACAAUGCCUUUAUAUGGACUAGCCUCUCAGAUAAAAAGAACUGUUUUGGACGUCGAAAGAGGCCAAGAAGAUGGAGCAGACGCGAAAACAGCGACGAGCACCGCAAAUGUAAUCGAGACCAUCAUUGGGCCAGUGGAGAAGGUGCCCAUAAUUCCAGCACUCCGCCGGUGCAAAAGCGCUGGGUAUGCGUCAGAGGGCCUUAUUGUUUGAAGCAUCAAGUCUUCAAUGUAUCAGUUAUCCAAGGCUUCAUUUUACUCUAUCUUUUGCACCCUCAAGUGCCGGUCUAAUAAUUGCUAGCUAAGUACGUGCACUAGGAUCCUAAUCUUUUCCGAGGGCUGAACUAUCGUCGGGUAUUUAUGAUAACUCUCGGCUAUUGCAAUGACCGACAGAGCCCACUCGGCCAUGUUUAUUCGGCCAUUACCCUAAUACCAAAGUGUACCGUAGGACAUGUGCCGUCGGUUUAUGUUAUAUCCGAGUAUAUUCUAAUACCGUCGGCAUUAAGUAUAACCGAGUGGUUUAUUAUACUGUCGGUCUAGGUAAUUACCGCGAGGUUUGUACUACCGUCGGUUUAUGUUAUUACCGAGAUGUUUGUACUAUCGUCGAUUUAUGUUAUUACCGAGAGGUUUGUACUACUGUCGAUACUACUUAUAACCAAGAGGUAUGUACUGCCGUCGGUCUAAGUUAUAACCGA